AGAGACAAGUUUUUUCGCCACGCUGACACUGCAUCAUACGAUUCUCCCCCGCGUUGGUGUCAAUAAGUGAAUUUUUAUACAAAUUUUCGUAAGCAAAAUCGCGUUUCGUCAAAGUCUUUUCGCGCGUAUUCGCGUUAUGCAGCUAUUUUGCUGAGAAUGUUAAUAUUAAUGAUGCCAACGGAGAAACCGCAUCAGCAACUAAGACGCAGCAAUAGAGAUGAUAUUCAUCGUGAAAAGAAAUUAUAUAAAAGACCCUACAAUCCAAUGCCAGCCCGAAAGGGGCUGCUUGCGCCCCAAAAUACCUUUCUUGAUACGAUCGCAACCCGCUUCGAUGGCACACAUUCAAAUUUCGUGCUUGGCAAUGCACAGGCAAAUGGCAAUCCAAUUGUUUAUUGUUCGGAUGGCUUCGUGGAUUUGACAGGAUAUUCACGAGCGCAAAUAAUGCAAAAGGGAUGCUCGUGCCAUUUCCUGUACGGUCCGGAAACAAAAGAUGAGCAUAAACAGCAAAUUGAAAAAAGUCUGAUGAAUAAGACCGAACUGAAAUUGGAAGUUAUUUUUUAUAAAAAGGAUGGCUCACCGUUUUGGUGUCUGUUUGACAUUGUUCCAAUUAAAAAUGAGAAACGGGAUGUGGUGCUCUUUUUGGCAUCACACAAGGAUAUUACACAUACCAAGAUGUUGGAGAUGAAUGUCAAUGAAGAAUGUGAUAGCGCUGCUUUGCUGGGUGCACGCUUUCGUGCCGGUUCCAAUGCUGGCAUGCUCGGUCUGGGCGCACUGCCCGGCUUGGGUGGACCGCCGGCUGGGGAUGCGGAUGGCGAUGGCAUGGAGGGCAAUAAUCUGGAUGUACCUGCUGGCUGUAAUAUGGGACGUCGACGUAGUCGUGCGGUGCUCUAUCAGCUAUCCGGCCAUUAUAAGCCGGAGAAGGUGAAGACGAAAUUGAAAUUAGGAAAUAAUUUAUUGCAUUCAACAGAGGCGCCUUUUCCCGAAUAUAAAACACAAUCAAUAAAAAAGUCACGCUUCAUUUUACCGCACUAUGGUGUUUUCAAAGGUUUUUGGGAUUGGAUUAUAUUGGUAUCAACAUUUUACGUGGCCGUUUUGGUGCCAUACAAUGCGGCAUUCGCGAAGGCGGACCGACAAACGAUGGUAUCGGAUGUUAUUGUCGAGGCGUUGUUUAUAGCAGACAUUUUAUUGAAUUUUCGUACAACUUUUGUCUCGAGUAAAGGUGAAGUUGUCUCCGAUUCGAAAUUGAUUGCAAUUAACUAUUUGCGCGGCUGGUUUGUUGUGGAUUUGUUGGCGGCGCUGCCUUUCGAUCAUCUCUAUGCAUCGGAUUUGUAUAAUGGCGAGGAAUCGCACAUUCAUUUGGUGAAAUUGACACGCCUGUUGCGCCUGGCACGAUUACUGCAAAAAAUGGAUCGAUACUCACAGUACACCGCCAUGAUAUUGACAUUGUUGAUGUUGUGCUUCUCGUUGGUGGCGCAUUGGUUGGCGUGCAUUUGGUAUGUGAUUGCCGAAAAGGAGUAUAUGAUGAAUGAUAGCGGUUGGGAUAUAGGUUGGAUGCAUGCCCUUUCUGAGCGCUUGAAAAUACCAAUAACAAAUAUCACCAAUGCCGAGGCAUAUUCAACAGCGCUUUAUUUUACCUUCACCAGCCUGACAUCGGUGGGGUUUGGCAAUGUGUCGGCGAAUACAACAGCCGAGAAAGUAUUCUCCAUCAUUAUGAUGCUAAUUGGAGCAUUAAUGCACGCCGUCGUGUUCGGUAAUGUGACAGCGAUAAUUCAACGCAUGUAUUCACGUCGCUCGUUGUACGAGAGCAAAUGGCGGGACUUAAAGGAUUUUAUAGCAUUGCAUCAGAUGCCUAAGGAACUGAAACAAAGGAUUGAAGAUUACUUCCAGACAUCGUGGUCACUCAACCAUGGCAUUGAUAUUUAUGAGACGCUACGCGAAUUCCCCGAAGAGCUGCGCGGUGAUGUGUCCAUGCAUUUACAUCGUGAGAUUCUACAGUUGCCAAUAUUCGAAGCCGCCUCGCAGGGCUGCCUGAAACUACUAUCACUGCAUAUCAAGACUAAUUUCUGUGCUCCUGGCGAAUUCCUGAUACACAAAGGCGAUGCUUUGAAUUAUAUCUACUAUCUGUGUAAUGGUUCAAUGGAGGUCAUCAAGGACGACAUGGUUGUGGCCAUUUUGGGCAAGGGUGAUUUGGUUGGCUCUGAUAUCAAUGUUCACUUGGUUGCCACAUCGAAUGGUCAAAUGACGGCGACAACAAACAGCGCUGGACAGGAUGUGGUGGUGCGUAGUAGCAGCGAUGUGAAGGCGCUCACAUAUUGCGAUCUCAAGUGCGUGCAUAUGGGCGGCCUUGUCGAAGUGCUGCGCCUCUAUCCGGAAUAUCAACAGCAAUUCGCCAAUGACAUUCAACAUGAUCUCACCUUCAAUUUGCGUGAGGGUUAUGAGUGUCAAGACUCCGAAAUUGGACCAUCCUUUCCGCUACCGAGCAUAAGUGAAGAUGACGAGAACCAACAGGAAGGUGAAGGCGGCGAUGACGAGAACGAAAAUGGAGGCGCCUCAGUAGCGACGGCCUCACCACAUCACAGUAUUGCCACACCAUCACCGCUGCAUGGGCGCUCGCCACUUUUGGGCAUGAAUAGUCCCCGUUUAAUGAAAUUACAUCCGCGUGGUCGGUCAUUAAUUACGUUACGUGAGCGCGUGGAGCGGCAGCGUUCAUUGAAUAUAACAUCCAGCUUAGACACCGGUUCGAUGGAUGAGGACAUGAAUGGUGGCGAUGAGGGCGAUGAUGACUUGCGCAGCAUGAAAAAGAAACCUUCAAUGGAGCGUUUGGACUCACAGGUUUCAACGCUACAUAGUGACGUGGCGCAGUUGAGCCUCGAGGUGCGCAAUGCCAUACAGGCGCUGCAAGAGAUGACCUUCUCGACGAUGGCAUCGCAAGCGAGUUUGAAAUUUCCACCUGCGCGUUCAAUACCAAAUAUUUGUGGCACUGUUGGUAGUGUGGCGGGUGUGGGCAGCACCAUGCACUUUGUAGCGAGCAGCACCGAUGAUAUGUCACUGCAACGCUCUUCGUCACAUCCGCCGGAAAUAUGGGGGCGUGAAAUGCAAUUGGCUAUGGGUAGCUUGGCCGGUGUACAAAAUGGCAUGCCGGCUGGUGGUGAUGGCGGCGUUGCGAGUACGGGUGGUGGUAUAAGCGCUAGUGGUAGCGCCAAGACAAAUUCACCUGCUGCGGCCGAGGUGCCGAAAAUAACACGCGCCACUCAAACUGAUUUCUACAAAAUAGAUUUUCCCGUUUUUGAACGUUUCGUGUUGGCCAAUCCGCGUUUGGUGCUCGGCCUGCUGGGCAUCGACCCGGCGAUAAAGACUGAAAUUGAACUACUACAACAACAACAGACUCUACAAGUGUCGCCACUGAAUACCAUUGAGGAAGUGAUAUCGCCCGCCGAAGGGCCAAGCUCAAUAACUGGCUCGAAGGAACGCCUGCUGGGUGACAAUUAUUGCAGCAACGGUAAUGUCAAAUCAUAUGCGCCAUUGGAUGAUGAGAAUAGCAAUGAUUAUCGUUGGAUAAUGAAGCACUCGGUUAGUAAAAGCAGCAAUUGCUGCCGCUCCACCGAGGCUUUGCUGCAACCGAUCGAAGAGCAGUAUGAGGCGUCAAAGUCCCCAUCACCUUCAGCACAGCGUCUGACGCAAUCGCCACCCUCGCGAUACGAACACCAAUACACGUCCGCUACAACAACGGCAACGACAAUCAUAUCAGCAGCGUCUACGCCAGCUGCCGGCGAGCACAUGACAAAUCUGCACACAAUUAGUGAAGGCGAGCGGCAAAGCGCAGCAACAAAACAGCAAAUGCAUCGCAGCGCACGCCGAAACUCCCAUCACAGCAACGCCAACUACAGUCAACACCAGAGCAACAGCAACAGCAGCCUCUCAAGCAAUGCGUCCACGCAUUCGAGCAGUAGCAAUAGUCCGCCGGCAGUAACACCUUCCGCCACUAUGGGACAUAAUGGCCCUGUGAAUGUUGCCACCGGCGGUGGUGCUGUGACUGUAAGUGGAAGUGGAAUCGGCGCUGGCGGUGGCGGUGGUAGUAGUGCGCCGAGUAACAACAGCAGUCGUCGUUCCUCUUGGAAACUCCAUCGUUCGCAAAGUGGUGACUACAAGCGACUGCCCGAAACGUUGGAGGAUUCACCGCCCGGUAAAAUUAUUACCGCUGCAACAGCAACAACAACUACUUCUUCAGUCACACAUUACGCAUACACUGGUGGCGGUGGCGGUGCAGCUGACGAACAUCUUGAGCUAUUAGCCAGCAGACGUUCGUCACGUGCCAGUUGCACGUCGGUAGUCAGUACAGCUGCCACGGAUGCAACUGCGGCGGCAGUUGUGAAUAAGCGAAAUAGUUUGAAUGCCAAUCGUUCGCUACUCUGUGUAAGUGGUGGUCUAGGCGGCGCAAAUGGCGGUCAAGGUGGCCACACGAGUUAUCGCUUCUCUGCCGGUGAUGCCGAUAAGUUGGAGAAAGGUCUCAAGGGCUUGCCCUCGACAAGAUCACUGAGGGAUGCAAGUGUUAAUUAGGAGGCGGAUGCAGGGUAAAUUCAAUACAGAGCUGUGAGUAGAAUGAAAUAGAGUAAGAAAAGACAGUUUUAGUUAAGAGUAGUACAUGAAUAAGAAACGUGGGUGUAUGAAAGUAAAAAUGGGUUGUACUUUAAAUGCUAAGAAUAAGUUUGUGAGCAAAACCGCAGCAUAAUACAUGCUUAUAAACAAGAAAAUGAGUGAAAUAUUGAGAUUUCCGUACUAAAAUUUGAAAAAUUAAUUUCCCUUCUUGCCUGAAAUCUUUUACUUGAUACAUUCUCUUACUGGUUCCUUGUUCUAAAGGAUGCAUGGUCUUUGUUGGUUUAUUUAAUUUCAGUUGCACAAGAAGUAAAACAAACUAUUUGUCAAGUUUAGUCAUGAUCGGUUGGGGUUUUACUGAUUUACCAUUUAAAUGAAACGCCGCUCAAAUCGUUUGAGAAUUGCAAUUCCUAACAGAAUUUCCCUUGUGACUGU